UGUAUGUUCAGGUGGAGCUCGAGGAGCCACUUCCUGUCACAGAGCAGAUCUAGAGCUUCAACGAAGUCACACACACACACACACACACACUCGUGCGUCUCGAACCUGCGGCCCAUCAGACGACAGACUAGCAGACAGACGAAGGGAUAAUGAUGGCGUGGAGAGGAGCGUCCGCACUGGUCAUCCUGCUGUCCAUCACACCUGUGUCAGCUAUUUCAGGUUAUGACCCUAAUAUCUGUUAUAUCCUGGAUGCGGGUCUCUUGAUGUACGCCGUCAUCAUCACGGCCUUCUUCGUGCGUGAACGAUUCAUCGUGAAGAGAAGCAAAGUGGAUCAAGACUCUGUGUAUCAGCCCAUUACCAAGAACCAGUCGCCGUAUGACGUCCUGCGCGGAGCUGAGGAGGGUCCAGCCAGAGGGGGCCGCAGGCGAGGAGACGACACUUACACGCCUCUGCAGAAGAAGGGUGACGACACGUACCGAGAGAUCGAGGCCAAGCCCGGACAGCGGCGCCGAACUGAUCAGGUUUAUCAGGGUUUGAGCUCCAUGACUAAAGACACGUAUGAUUCUCUGCACAUGCAGCCGCUUCACGCCACGCCGCGCUAAACACUGAUCUCCGUCCAGUCACUGUUCAUCUGCUCCAGAGUCACUGUGUUUCCACACUCGGUGAAUUAUAGACCCCAGCUUUUUCGAAUCAAGUCCACAUGGGUCACAUAGAGACUGCAGUAGACGUCACUAGAGUUUCACACUGUUUCGAUAUAAAAAGAUAAUAACGUAGUGAAUUUGAAAAUGUAAAAAAGAGAAAGAAAUGUAAUUCUGAGAUGACGGACCCACACCAGAGAUUCAGGGAUGCACUCCACGCAGUCAGGCGUCUGGUUACAUGUUACAAUAAACUAACGUUAAAAAAACUAUUCUUAAAUAUUGAAAUUAAUCUCAACAUGUACAAAUUUAUUUUACCGUCAAAAGUUGUAUCUAACAUUACUAUGGUGUAAACUAACAUGAACAUUUUUAUUAAUUAAAAGGAUAAUAAAUGCUGUAAAAAUAAUGUUAGAUUAGAUAAAGGUGAUUUUAUUGUAAGCUUUUACCUGUAAUAUUCUGUAUGUUUUAAAGCUUUUCUUGUGACUUUGUGGUGAAAUAUGGGUUAAAUAGGGGAUUCAUGAUGACUGAUGUUUAAUAUCUUUUGUUUUAUAUCAGUAGAGUAAUAUUGCAUCUAACGGAGAAUCUCAUUGUUUUUCAUUUGGUUGUUGUUACUUUUGUCUGUUUUGUUUGUGUAACUUUGUAUCAGCUUGUUAAAAUGAUUUUCCUCUAAUAUUUUCAGUAAAUAAUCAAACCUGAUUAUGAAA